AUGGGUGUCAAUGAGCGGGUUUUUUUCUGAAACUCUCUCUCAAUUAAACAAGAAAAAAAUAUUCAGAUUCAUAUCUCGAUAAUCAUGAUCUUCAAUUAUUUGAUCGCCCAAACGGCUUUGUCAUCUGGAGGUUUUUGCUACGAUAUUUGGCAAUUCCGACUUCAAAACUUUUUCUCCGGUUUCGGAAUCGGUUUUUUUUUUGAAUGGCGAGACAUUUUGAACUAAUAAUGAAUUUUUGAGGCCUUUUCCAAGCGUGUCUGGGGCCUUUUCUAGUGGCGAUCGUAGGACCUUCCCAACUUCCUGGAGCACUAGGAUAUACCAACCUUAUAAACGGUUUCGCAACGUUCUGCGCGAUUUACAUUUCAUGUGAGUUUUUUGUUGUUCUUUUUUUUCCGGUCCGCACAGAAGCACUAACUGCUGACUUUGAUGCUCGCUUAUCUCGGCCAGCUGAUUAGUAGGAAACAAUUGUGUGAAGAAUGCAUUUUCGUGCUGUUAUAAUUGAUUGGGAGCCGCGUUGGAAAACGCGUAGGAACUCGUGAGAGAUAAGACUCUUGUCGAACUCUGGACUUGGACUGUUUGAUUGUUUGGAUGAACGACAAGUUGUGAACAUUUAUGGGAAAGAAGCAGGAAAUUAUCGUGUUUCAGUCUUUUUCAAACGAGGGACCAAGCUUUCUGAGAAAAAAGGUCUGAAAAAGGAUUCUAUUAUUUUUGCAGAUGGUGUGAGUAAGUUUGAGUCCAAAACGACCGGCUGAAAUAAUACCAACUUUCCAAUUCUCAGAACUGAUGAACUCGUUUCUAAUCAUUCUAUAGAGACCAUGUCGAUCUAAAAAAAAAAGAACCCUAAGAAAAAUACCGAUUUUUUCAAAAAAACAUCCUUCUUCAGCUUGGUCUGGAGGCGACGGCGACGUGAGGAACACUUUCUACGUUUCGAUAUACUUCGGCAUCACCGCCGUUGUUGUUUCAAUAAUCAACUCCAUACUUCUAAUGGCCAGAGAGAAACACAAGCGGAAGCCUUCGAUGAAACAAAUGCGACAUUCCUCUGAACUUAACGCCCUCACAAAUAUUACUUCUGUUGAGAAUUCAUAG